GUGUUUCCAUGAUAAUAAGUGUAUUAAUGAUCAACCAAUUCAACUGUGAAUCGGUGCGGGUACAAUCCAACCGAUUAUUAGGCUAAUUGACCGUCCAAAUUAUUAUACAGUUAACAAAUUUAUAAAAUUAUAUUGAAAAGAUUCAAGUUAAUAAUCACUUAUUCAGUGACCUUAACUAACAAUAACGUUUGAACCGUUAGUUAUAUAAGUGAACCCCAUUUUUGCAAAAGUUACUUAAGUGACAAAAAGUGACUCUUGACUCUGAAAUUCCUUAAGAUGUUGAGAAGAUAUUGAGGAAGAAAUGUUGUCUACUUUGACACAGUGGAAAAAGCAGUCAAUUAUUGUGAAGAAACCGAAGGGCUACAUGAGGUCGAUACAUCUCUAACCUCAGGAAAUUUUAAUAAUACCUCAAGUGGACAUUCAAGUGGUUCUCCUUCCACCGUUAGCUCAAACCUAAGAAAAGAUGAUACAACAACCAAAGACAACUUUAAUCCACCGCUCAUAUUUAUUCAUUCGGGAAAAUACAAACCUGAAGGACUUUUCAUUGAUUCUUCUAUUGCAAUGAUUGGAGCAGCUCCGGGAAAUGUGGCAGAAAAUGUAAUCCUAGAAAAAAACUCGGACUCAACUAUUACUUUUAUAGAGGGAUCCCGUCGAGCUUAUUUGGGUUAUGUUACUCUAAAAUUUACUCCUGACACAACCUCAUGUGUACCUAAUCAUAAACAUUACUGCCUCGAAAUUACCGAAAGAUGUUCACCCACUAUUGAUCAUUGUAUAAUACGAAGUUCCUCAGCAGUUGGAGCUGCAGUCUGUGUUAGUGGCCCAGAAGCAUCUCCAUGGAUGGCCGGGAUGGUCGGAUUAAUGGUAGAGUAAAGUAAUAUUCGAGAAAGUGAUAUCUUCCGAAAUGCUCAACCCAGAGUUCUCGUUUAAACUAAAAGUCAUAUUGAUCCUACUAUUCCGAGAAAUGAAAUUUAUGUCUAUCAAGGUGGUGUUCCCAGAUUCGGGGAAAGUCGAGGGCCGAUAGAGGAUUUAUGGACAGAAUAUAUAUACAUUAAAGCACGUUCCCAGAUUAACUGUCAGUGGGUCCAAUAGUCAGCCAUAACAGGAUCCACCAUGGUCAACAUGUAACAUGUUAGGAAUCUAUUGGUGAUCAAACAAUAGGUGGUUUGGCCUUUAAUAUAAUGUACUUCUGCCUUAUUUUAGAA